UCCACAUUGCUGCUCACUAUGGGAAUACCAACGUAGGCACCCUCCUCAUCCAGAAAGGCGCAGACUUGAACUUCAAAGCAAGGAAUGGCAUAGCACCUCUGCAUGUGUCAGCCAAAUGGGGCAGGCUGCACAUGGUGACACUGCUACUGGACAGUGGAGCAGACGUAGAGGCCAGAACUAAAGAUGGACUCACUCCACUCCAUUGCUCUGCCAGAAGUGGACAUGAUCAAGUCACUGACUUGCUGUUGGAGAGAGGAGCACCUUACUCUGCCAAGACAAAGAAUGGUUUGACUCCCCUCCACAUGGCUGCCCAGGGAGACCACGUGGACUGCGCCAGACUGUUGCUGUACCACAAAGCACCCGUUGAUGACGUCACCGUCGACUACCUGACACCUCUCCAUGUAGCUGCUCACUGCGGUAAUGUGAAAACCGCCAAACUGUUGCUGGAUAGAAAAGCGGAACCCAACUCCAGGGCACUGAAUGGUUUCACCCCUCUGCACAUAGCAUGCAAGAAGAACAGAAUCAAAGUUGUAGAGCUUCUGUUGAAAUAUGGGGCCACCAUAGAAGCUACAACAGAGUCUGGCCUCACUCCCCUCCAUGUCGCUUCCUUCAUGGGGCACAUGAACAUCGUGAUCUACUUGAUCCAACAAGGUGCAAAUCCAGACUUCCCAACCGUACGUGGCGAGACACCUCUCCAUCUUGCUGCACGUGCCAACCAGACCGACAUUAUUCGAAUACUUCUUCGUAAUGGCGCACACGUGGAUGCAAAAGCAAGAGAACAACAAACUCCCUUGCACAUUGCGGCCCGCCUGGGAAAUGUGGACAUUGUUGUGUUGCUGCUCCAACAUGGCGCCUCCCCUGACGCUGUCACUAAGGACCUGUACACACCGCUGCACAUCGCAGCUAAGGAAGGUCAGGAAGAGGUGGCCUCUGUUCUGCUAGAACACGGGGCACAGCUGGACGUACAGACUAAGAAAGGAUUCACACCCCUGCAUAUCGCAGCUAAGUAUGGUAACAUCAAGGUAGCCCGCCUCUUGCUGCAGAGAGAAGCUAACCCAGAUAUUCAGGGCAAGAACGGCCUGACACCACUCCAUGUGGCAGCUCACUACAACAAUGUCAAUGUAGCCCUUCUGCUGUUGGAGAAUGGAGCCUCUCCUCAUGCAACAGCCAAGAACGGCUAUACUCCCCUUCACAUUGCUGCUAAGAAGAACCAGAUGGACAUUGCAACCACUCUCCUGGAAUAUGGUGCUAACCCUAAUGCAGAGUCCAAGAGUGGGUUCACCCCAAUCCAUCUGGCCUCCCAGGAAGGCCACACUGAGAUGGUUGAACUUCUCACGGGGCGCGGGGGGGACCCCAAUGAUGCGUCCAAAAAUGGUUUGACACCAAUGCAUUUGGCUGCCCAGGAAGACAGAGUGCCUGUGGCAGAAAUCCUAGUCAAGAAAGGAGCUAAUAUUGAUCCGACCACCAAGGCUGGCUACACACCCCUCCACACUGCCUGCCACUUUGGUCAGAUCAACAUGAUCCGGUUCCUUUUGGAACAUGACGCCUCUGUCAACGCCACCACAAAGGUUGGUCACACGCCACUCCACCAGGCGGCGCAGCAGGGCCACGUCAUGGUCAUAGACCUGCUGAUUAAAUACAAAGCUUCGCCUAAUGCAGUCACAAACAAUGGACAAACUCCACUUUCGAUUGCCCAGCAACUUGGCUACAUUUCCGCUGUCGAGGUUCUGAAACCCAUCACCACCGUGGUCGUAACCGAGACAACCACCAUCAAGGAGCGCGGAAAGUACGAGAUGGUCGGACCAGAGACCAUGCAAGAGACACUCCUUGACACAGACUCUGAGGAGGAAGGAGGUGAAGUGUUUGCUGUAGAAGACUAUAUGCCUCGCUCCCCAUUACUGGGAGGCGACCAGAGGGUCUACCUGCCAUAUUACCAGGGCGAUUCCAUGAGGGUGGAUGGACGAGAAGACACCAUCUUGGGAGACCAGACUUUCGCCUAUCUGCAGCAGGAUGACAUGCAUCAAGAGUCGGCUAUCAGACCUGUUAAGGACGGCUACCUGUCCCCAGACCAAUACACACAGGAACCCUACUCCCCAGGGUACUCCCCCACAGGAUAUGGGGAACAGAUGGAUCUGUCCCCAGGACCUUUCAGCCCUGGUGGUUUUGGACCCGACCAAUUGAGGGAGUAUGAUGAGGACUUUGCUUAUGUCCCUGGGGAUAAAAGAGCAGUGAAGGCUCGUCCCGAGUCUUUUAAUGAUCCCCAAAGACGACCACGUCCUCCUGGCGAUGAUAAAGUUGCCAAAAAAGCACGUCAGGAGUCUCUGUCUGAUGCUGCCAUGCGCGCGUCAAUGGCGGAUGAUAAACAGAGAGGUUCCUGGCGUGGCGGCCCUGAGGAUUCUGGUCUUGGUACUCUACCAGAAGGGGCCCAGUAUAACCAUUACCCUAAUGGGGGUCAGGAAGACAAGAUUGAAGCCCAGUAUCGCCCCUCUGCAUACUCACGACCUGUGAUGCAGACAAACGCUUUGGGCAGUGAACCCUUUUAUGGCUCAUCCUAUAGUGGCUCCACCUUCAGUGGACAAUUUGAUGCGGACAACGUCCAGGUGGAUCGCACUCCUGUGUUUAGCGGCUUCCUUGUCAGCUUCAUGGUGGAUGCCCGUGGUGGAGCUAUGCGCGGCUGUCGCCAUUCUGGUGUGCGUAUCAUCAUCCCGCCUAGGAAGGCUUCCUGCCCAACUCGUGUCACGUGUCGCCUGCUGAGAAGAGAGAAGCUGGUCAACCCACCACCUCUGAUGGAGGGAGAGGCUCUGGCCAGUAGAGUCAUUGAGAUGGGCCCAGUUGGAACAAAAUUCCUCGGCCCUGUAAUCAUUGAAAUCCCACACUUUGCGUCACUACGUGGUAUGGAACGUGAAGUUGUCAUCCUGCGUAGUAACGAUGGUGACAAUUGGACCGAGCACCCAAUUCAGGCCACAGACGACAUGAUCCACGAGGCUCUUGGCGGUAGUUUUGAAGGUGAAGAUCUGGAAACUGCAGAGGAACUUUUCCACAAGCGCAUCACACGUAUCAUCACUGAUGACUUCCCGGCAUACUUUGCCCUGGUGACCCGUAUACGCCAGGAGAAUAACCUGAUUGGGGCGGAAGGUGGCAUGCUCAGUUCCACAGUGGUGCCACAUGUGCAGGCCAUCUUCCCAGAGGGGGCACUCACCAAGAAGAUCAAAGUGGGACUCCAGGCACAACCAAUCCCCCCGGAUCUCGUAGCCAAAAUGCUUGGCAACCGGGUAGCGGUCAGUCCCAUAGUGACCGUGGAGCCACGUCGCAGGAAAUUCCACAAGUCAAUCACGCUGACCAUUCCCGUACCCCAGGCAUCUCAGAAAGGCAUGAUCAACCAGUACGCGGGCGAGACGCUCACUCUGAGGCUGCUGUGUAGUAUCACUGGAGGUCAAAGUCCAGCGCAGUGGGAGGACAUCACGGCCACCACUCCUCUGACUUUUGUCAAUGAUUGUGUCUCUUUUACCACCACAGUGUCAGCCAGAUUUUGGCUGAUGGACUGUCAAAAUAUCAAUGAGGCAACAAAAAUGGCAACAGAGCUGUACCGUGAAACUGUUGCUGUGCCGUUUAUGUCAAAGUUUGUAGUUUUUGCAAAGCGCUAUGAUCAGCAAGAAACUCGGCUUAGGUGCUUCUGUAUGACCGACGAUAAGAUGGACAAAACUUUAGAAACCCAGGAGCACUUUACAGAAGUGGCCAGGAGUAAGGAUGUGGAGGUACUAGAGGGCAAGCCUCAGUAUGUAGAAAUGGCAGGGAACCUGGUUCCUGUCACAAAAACUGGGGAGCAGCUCCAUCUCAACUUCCAUGCCUUCAAAGAAAACAGGCUUCCCUUCACCGUCAGGGUCAGAGACCCCAAUCAGGAUCCCCAGGGGAGGAUUGCCUUCUUCCAAGAUCCUAAGUCUGUGCGUGGAGACACCCCAACCACCCCCAUAUGUAACCUCAAUAUUGAUCUACCAGACAUGAUCAAAACUGAAGCAGCACCUGUAGAUCCAGAGGCAGCAUUAGAAUUGAGAAAAAAAUACACUUUUAUGAAAGAACAUGGUUUAUAUAUUGAGGACACAGUGACCAGAGCCCACCUGCGGCUCAGUGAAGUUGCCGAGGCCAUCCAGGGUGACUGGGUAAUCCUGGCGCAGCAGUUAGACGUACCAGAUUAUGAGGUCAGGAAGAUCAAAGAACAGUACAACACUCUCAAUGACCAAGCUCUUGUUAUGUUAACUUACUGGGUGCAGAAAGAUCCAGAAAAAGCUACAGGCAAUGAGCUUGAGAGAGCACUCAGAAAAAUAGGUCGCGAUGAUGUUGUCCGGAAGUGCAUGUACAAUGUUGAGACUGUCACCGAUGACCUUGAGAAAGCCAUGGCAAAAGCACAGCUUGACCAGUCAGGUUUUGAUAGCCUCAAAGAAGAACUUGGUCCUUCCAGAGAUGCUUCCAUGGCCAGGGGGGCAUCAUUAGAUGUCUCGUAUGAUGAACAAGACAUAGUAAAGGAAUCUGAAUCAGCUGCAGAAGAAUCGGGCAGUUCAGCAAGUUCUGUGGUAGAAAAGAAACCAGAGGACACAGAAUCUGUACACGAAGAGUCCUUAAUUGCGACAGUUGACGACAGGCGUCCUGUCAAACAAAUGUCAACGGAGUCCGAAGAAGAGCGGGAACGAGAGAAGAAAAAGGAAGCAUAUCUUGAACUUAUUAAUUUACUCAAUGAUACAGAGGCAGCUUUACAACCUGAUGAUGUUAAAUUUGACUCCUAUGAAGACUCCCCUCAAGUGGAUGAGGACACAAUAGAGAAAAGAGACCGUCAGGAAGCGGUUGAAGAUCUCAUUGAUAAAAUGAACCAGCUCGAUACAGAGGCUCAGCCUUCUCCCGAGUCUGAGAGCUCUAUGAUUAUACAUGAGGAUAAAGAUGAGGACAGCGAGAAAGCCCUGGAUCUUGAAGGUGAACUGAAAACUCCUCCACCAAGUCCCACCGAGAAAUCUUCAGACGCCAAAGAAUCCACACCUAGUAGUGAAGAGUUUGAGGAAUACGAAGAAAUUUGGGAUGGCACCAAGUGGGUGCGGGUUAGAAAGCAGAGUCCAACAGAACCUCCGGCUGAACAUGUCCCCGAGGAAGUGGCGGCCCGCUUGGCCACAUCUGAACAGUGGACUUCCCAGGACGAAAUGCUGGACCUUACCACUGAAGAACCACAGAAAGAACAACAUGAUGUCCCCUCUGAUACAACCACUACCACCACCACCACAACACAGGUCAUUUCACAGACAGAGUACAGAGAAACAAUACCUGGUGAAGAGCUGGUAUCACAAAGCCAGGAACCAGCCACUGAAACUCUACCAGAACAGGAACAACAGCUUGCGUCCCCAACAUCUGAGCAACAGGUGGAAAGGCAAGCUCCUGAACAGGAGUUAGCUGACCUAGAAGCCAGACCUGCUGCUCCUCCUGCCUCACAGGAAGCUGGGGAAUACCCACCUGGAGUUGAAUCAUUCCCAGCCAAGGAGCUUGAAGACAUUGAGAGACAUGUCAGAGCUCAGGAGCCUGUAGAACAGGCAGUUCCCCAUGACUAUCAACCACCCCAGGUAGAGGAGAAAGAGCAACCUCCUGUAGAGUCCUAUCCUCCCCUUGAGCAAGAGACAAUUGAGAGGGAACAGAAAGAACAGAUGGCAGUUGGUGAAGAAACUGGACUGGAGCAGCAGCCUGCAGAGCAAGUAGGUGCACCCGCACCUGAUCUUGAAUCAUUCCCACAUCAUGAAAUUGAAGAUCUUGAAAGGCACACAAUGCGACAGGAGGUCAUGGAGACAGAAGUUGUAACACAGAAACCCUCUGCUGCUGAAGAGCCAUCUCCAGAAGAUGAUGUCACAUCACAUCCUCACCAUGAGGAAGAAGACCUGGAGAGGCUACGGAAACAGCAAGAGGCUCCAGGGCAAGAAGUUGCUGAGCAAGAGCCACCAGCUUCCACACCAACUGAAGAAGUUUCUGAUUUAACAUCACUCCCCCAUAAAGAAGCGGAGGAUGUGGAACGCUUGGUACAGCAACAAGAGCCAAGAGAUGAUGUAAUUCUUCCCCCAACACCUGAGGCAGAGAUGGUCCAAGAACCAUCUCCAGUAGAGACCUCCCCUGUCACAGAACAAGAGUUCAUGGAAAGACAUGUGCCUGCCCAAGAACCAGUAGAUCAGCAGGUGCCAGAAGAACCAGCAGCUCCCCUUCCCCAGACACCUGAAGCAGAGAUAGCCCAAGAACCUGCUCUAGUAGAGACCUCCCCUGUCACAGAACAAGAGUUCAUGGAAAGACAUGUGCCUGCCCAAGAACCAGUAGAUCAGCAGGUGCCAGAAGAACCAGCAGCUCCACAACAGGAGUCUCCUAGAGAGGAAUACUCACCAGAGGGUGCCACUGUACCUGCUGAAGAAAUGGUGAGACCAGGUGAGACUGUACCAGAAGAUGACAUGAUGGGUGAGCCACAAGUUCAUUCAGAGGACUUGGAAGGAGGUAUCAAACUGACAACAGAGACAACUGAAGGAAAGCCACAUACUACACAAGAUGUAGAAGAGUUUGAGGAAACGUUACCAGAUGGUACCGUGGUGAAACGUAAAGUAAUCAAGACAAGAACUACCAAAAUGGUCACGAAGAAGGUUGUUGCUGAGGGCCCAGACAAGGAAGACCUCCUCCAAGCAGCAAUGAGUCAACAAGAACCUGAGUUCCAGGGAGAAGACCAACCUGGUUUUGCUCCAGGACAUAUUGUUGUCGAAGAAAGCCAAGGAGAACCAAAAUCACACACUGAUGUUGAAGAAUUUGAGGAAACUCUACCAGAUGGAACCAUAGUCAAGAGAAAAAUCAUCAAGACCCACACAGAACAAACAACAGCUAGGAAGAUAGUGAUGGAAGGCCCUGAUGGACAAAUGAUUGAAGAAGAAGCAGGGGAGGAUGAAUUCCUUCCAAAGGGCCACAUUUUGCACAGUGAAAAGAUUGAAGGUGAACCUCAAACAGAGACAGAUGUUCAAGAAUUUGAAGAAACCCUGCCUGAUGGCACAGUUGUCACAAGGCGAGUGGUGAAGACACGCACCACACAAAAAGUGACACAGAAAGUGUUCACAGAGGGCGAGGAUGAGGAAGAUGAAGGUGUAGAAGAGGGUGAAGAGCAAGAAUGGAGAGAACUGGAAGAAAGCGGUUACCCAGAUCGCCAUGUUAAGAAAGUUUCUUUCGAGCCUGGAACUAUAGACAAUGAAGAGAGAGAGGAAGAGGAGGUGGAUGUGGAAGAUGAGGACACACAACAAGACACCCAGGAGCUUGAGCAGUCUGAGGAAGAAGGUGACACAGAGGACAGUAAGAGACAGUCUGUGAAAUCUAUGAUUUCUAUGUUUGAGGAGAAAGCUAAAGAGCAGGAAUACACUGCUACUAAAACACACACUGAAAUAGGCAAAUUACACAUAUAUUCCCUGUGGGAACAUGAUCAUAUUCCAAAUGGUGCCGAUGAGGGUGUGGCUAACAUAUAUAAGUCUGUUGACAUUUCUAGAAAAGAACAAAUCCCAAAACACACUGAACACUUUGAAGUCAAGCAGGCAGAACCUGUAGUGAUUGAAGACCAAAGCAUUUCAGAGAAAACUAAGCUAUAUGAUGAAUAUACGGAGGAAAUACAGGAGGGAAUUGCACCAACAAUCAUAUCUGAAGUAGAAUCUUAUAAAGAAACUGAGUCUGAGUCUUCUGAGAGCGAACAAGAAGGGAAAGAGGAAAUUAUCCCAGCAAUAGAAACUGAAAUAGAAGCCUUUAAAGGAACUGAACCUAAAUCUCCUGAGGGAGAUCAUGAAAUCAAAGAGGAACUUGUCCCAGCAAUAGAAACUGAAAUAGAGACCUGUAAAGAAAGUAAACCUGAAUCUUCUGAGGAAGAAGAAGAAAUCAAGGAACAAACUAAACCUGAAGUUGAGGUUUAUAAAGACACUGAACUCGAAUCUUCUGAGGGAAAAGAAGUCAAAGAGGAAAUUCUACCAGUGGUAGAACAUAAAGCAGAGGCCUAUAAAGAAACUGUGCCUGAGUCUUCUGAGGAAGAGCAGGAAAUCAAGGAGGAAAUUAUCCCAGAAAUUAAACCUGAAGUAGAAGCCUUCAAAGAGACUGAACCAGAGUCUUCUGAGGAAGAACCAGAAAUCUUGGAGGAAAUUGGAACAGAAACUGAACCUGCAGUUGAGGUCGAUAAGGAAACUGAACUUGAAUUAUCGCAGGAAGAAGGAAAAGAGCAAAUUUUAUCAGAACAGGAAAUAAAGCCCUAUAAAGAAAUGGAGCCUGAACCUUCUGAGGAAGAACCAGAAGAAAUCAAAAAGGAAAUUGUACCAGCAAUAGCACCUGAAGCAGAGGCCUAUAAAGAAACAGAGCCUGAAUCUUCUGAGGAAGAAACAGAAGAAAUCAAAGAGGAAGUUGUACCAACAAUAGCAUCUGAAGCAGAGGCCUAUAAAGAAACAGAGCCUGAACCUUCUGAGGAAGAACCGGAAGAAAUCAAAGAGCAAGUUAUAGCAGCAAUAGCAUCUGAAGCUGAGGCCUAUAAAGAAACAGAGCCUGAACCUUCUGAGGAAGAACCAGAGGAAAUCAAAGAGGAAGUUGUAGCAGCAAUAGCAUCUGAAGCUGAAGCCUAUAAAGAAACAGAGCCUGAGCCGUCUGAGGAAGAACCGGAAGAAAUCAAAGAGGAAGUUGUACCAGCAAUAACAUCUGAAACUGAGGCCUAUAAAGAAACAGAGCCUGAACCUUCUGAAGAAGCACUGGAAGAAAUCAAAGAAGAAGUUGUAGCAGCAAUAGCAUCUGAAGCUGAGGCCUAUAAAGAAACAGAGGCUGAAUCUUAUGAGGAAGAACCAGAAGAAAUCAAAGAAGUACCAGCAAUAGCAACUGAAGCAGAGGCCUAUAAAGAAACAGAGGCUGAAUCUUCUGAGGAAGAAACAGAAGAAAUCAAAGAGGAAGUUGUACCAACAAUAGCAUCUGAAGCAAAGGCCUAUAAAGAAACAGAGGCUGAAUCUUCUGAGGAAGAACCAGAAGAAAUCAAAGAAGAAGUAAUCCCAGCAAUAGCAAGUGAAGCAGAGGCCUAUAAAGAAACAGAGCCUGAAUCUUCUGAGCAAGGACCAGAAGAAAUCAAAGAGAAAGUUGUCCCAUCAAUAGCAACUGAAGCAGAGGCCUAUAAAGAAACAGAGCCUGAAUCUUCUGAGGAGGAAAUAGAAGAAAUCAAAGAGGAAGUUGUACCAACAAUAGCAUCUAGAGCAAAGGCCUAUAAAGAAACAGAGACUGAAUCUUCUGAGGAAGAGCCAGAAGAAAUCGAAGAGCAAGUUUUACCAAAAAUAGCAUCUGAAGCUGAGGCCUAUAAAGAAACAGAGCCUGAACCUUCUGAGGAAGAACCAGAAGAAAUCAAAGAGCAAGUUGUCCCAUCAAUAGCAACUGAAGCAGAGGCCUAUAAAGAAACAGAGCCUGAAUCUUCUGAGGAGGAAAUAGAAGAAAUCAAAGAGGAAGUUGUACCAACAUUAGCAUCUAAAGAAGAGGCCUUUAAAGAAACAGAACCCGAAUCUUCUGAGGAAGAACCAGAAGAAAUCAAAGAGGAAGUAAUCCCAGCAAUAUCAACUGAAGCAGAGGCCUAUAAAGAAACAGAGCCAGAAUCUUCUGAGGAAGAACCGGAAGAAAUCAAAGAGGAAGUUGUCCCUGCAAUAGCACCUGAAGCAGAGGCCUAUAAAGAAACAGAGCCUGAAUCUUCUGAGGAGGAAAUAGAAGAAAUCAAAGAGGAAGUUGUACCAACAUUAGCAUCUAAAGAAGAGGCCUUUAAAGAAACAGAACCCGAAUCUUCUGAGGAAGGACCAGAAGAAAUCAAAGAAGAAGUCAUCCCAGCAGUAUCAAUUGAAGCAGAGGUUUAUAAAGAAACAGAGCCAGAAUCUUCUGAGGAAGAACCAGAAGAAAUCAAAGAGGAAGUUGUACCAACAAUAGCAUCUGAAGCAGAGGCUUAUAAAGAAAAAGAGGCUGAAUCUUCUGAGGAAGAACCAGAAGAAAUUAAAGAGGAAGUUUUACCAACAAUAGCAUCUGAAGCAGAGGCCUAUAAAGAAACCGAAGCCGAAUCUUCUGAGGAAGGACCAGAAGAAGUCAAAGAGGAAGUUUUACCAACAAUAGCAUCUGAAGCAGAGGCUUAUAAAGAAACAGAGCCUGAAUCUUCUGAGGAAGAACCAGAAGAAAUCAAAAAGGAAGUUGUACCAGCAAUAGCAACUGAAGCAGAGGCCUAUAAAGAAACAGAGCCUGAAUCUUAUGAGGAAGAACCAGAAGAAAUCAAAGAAGAAGUAAUCCUAGCAGUAUCAACUGAAGCAGAGGCCUAUAAAGAAACAGAGCCUGAAUCUUCUGAUGAAGAAACAGAAAAAAUCAAAGAGGAAGUUGUACCAAUAAUAGCAUCUGAAGCAGAGGCCUAUAAAGAAAAAGAGGCUGAAUCUUCUGAGGAAGAACCAGAAGAAAUCAAAGAGAAAAUUGUCCCAGCAAUAGCAACUGAAGCAGAGGCCUAUAAAGAAAAAGAGGCUGAAUCUUCUGAGGAAGAACCAGAAGAAAUUAAUGAGGAAGUUUUACCAACAAAAGUAUCUGAAGCAGAGGCCUAUAAAGAAACAGAAGCUGAAUCUUAUGAGGAAGAACCAGAAGAAAUCAAAGAGGAAGUUGUAUCAGCAAUAGCAACUGAAGCAGAGGCCUAUAAAGAAACAGAGACAGAAUCUUCUGAGGAAGAACCAGAAGAAAUCAAAGAGGAAGUUGUCCCUGCAAUAGCACCUGAAGCAGAGGACUAUAAAGAAACAGAGCCUGAAUCUUCUGAGGAGGAAAUAGAAGAAAUCAAAGAGGAAGUUUUACCAACAUUAGCAUCUGAAGCAGAGGCCGUUAAAGAAACAGAGCCUGAAUCUUCUGAGGAAAAACCAGUGGAAAUCAAAGAUGUUUUUCCAUUGAUAGCAACUGAAGAAAAAGCCUAUAAAGAAACAGAGCCUGAAUUGUCUGAAGAAGAACCAGAAGAAAUCAAAGAGGAAGUUGUACCAGCAAUAGCAACUGGAGCAGAAGAUUAUCAGGAAACAGAACCUGAACCAUAUGAAAAAGAACAAGAAAUCAAAGAGGAAACUGUGCUGGCAAUAGGACCUGAAAUAGAGGUAUAUAAAGAAACUGUCCCUGAAUCUUCAGAGGAAGAAGAGGAAAUAAAACCAGAUAUAAAAGCUGAAAUACAGAGUUACAUAGAAACUGAGCCUGGGUCAUCACAGGAAGAACAGGAAGAAUUCAGAGAGGAAACUGAACUGGCAAAAGAACCAGUAGUAGAAUCCUGUAAAGAAAUAGAACGUGAAUCUUUUGAGGAAGAACAGGAAGAAGUGAAAGAGGAAGUUGCUUCAGCAGUAGCAACUGAAGCAGAGUCCUAUAAAGAAACUGUGCCUCAUUCGUUGGAAGGAGAACAAGUGAGGGGAGAAGCUGCACAGUUAAGAGCAGAAACGCUGAAAGCCACUGAACCAGACAUUACUCUUAGAUCUGAUGUAUUUCAAAGUGAACCUCACGUCACUCAUGAUGUAGACGAAUUUGAGGAAAUCUUAUCUGAUGGAACAGUUGUAAAGCAUAAACUCAUCACAACUAAGGCCACAAAAACAAUUGUUAGAAAUGUAUUAGCAGAAGGUGAUGACAAGGAGCUGUUACAGCUUGCUGCAGAAAAAGUAGACACAGGUGAUAAAGAAUUGGGUGAAGACUUUGAAUUUUCAGAAGACCAUUUCAAAGACAAAGGAGAAAUGUCAUCUCAUACAGAAGUUGAAGAAUAUGAAGAAGUUUUGCCUGAUGGUACUUGUGUUCAAAGAAAGAUUAUAAAGACUGAAACAUUUCAUUCUGUGUCAAAAGUGCAAGAGGUAUCUUUGCCCAGUGAAUUACCCAGUGAGAUUAAACAACCUUGUGAUGACUACACAGUGGAUGCUGAGGAGUCUGAAUCUCCUUCAAGCAGUGUAGAAAUGGUGAAAGAAUUUUCACCAACUUCUGUGAUACCAGACAGGACGGACUUCACUCUUUCAGAAGAUGAGGAGGCCCAUGAAAUAAAGGAGGUAGAAAAAUUUACAGAUUAUUCUAGAGAAACUGUGUCACAAAUUGAAUUAUUGAAAGAUAUAUCUCCAACAGUAACAGUGCCAGAUAUGAAAUUAGAGCACCAGGAAAUUGAACUGGAGUUGCAGACAGGUGAUGUUUCUGAUAUCUGUGAUUACCCACCAUUUGGUGCAUCUGAACACUUGGCAAGUGAUGAAGGUGACCAGGAAAAAACAGAAUUUUCUGAACAGUUGGAAACUUAUCCAAUUGAAGAUCUACAUGAAGAUAGUGAAGUGGCAGAUUCCAUACACAGUCCUGUCCAAAUGAUGCCAAGGUUUUCACCAACAGCAAUUUUGCCUGAUAAAAUUGAUGAUUAUCCUGAAGAACCAGAUGAGGAAAUUGCAAUGAAACAGGAUUAUGUAUCUGCCACAGAAACAUAUGAGAGCACUACAGAAACUGAGGGUGAGGAGCAUACCUGGGAAAAAUCUACGGUGCAUGAAGAAAGUACUACAGAAACUGAAGGUGAAGAGGAUGUGUUGGAAGAGCCUGUUUUGCAUGAAGUAAUGAAGUCAAGUGAAAGUGACAAAGAAAUGAGUGAAGAUACUGAAAUAUCUCCAAGUCAUAGCCCUGUUGAGCUUGUUAAAGAAUUUUCCACCACUGCUUUUAUUCCAGCAGAUGAUAAAUACAGUGCAACAGAAAGUGAAACAGAUAUAACUUCGGAAAAGGUAUCACUGUCCUUAAAGGUUUCGGAACUUACAACUGAACCAAUGUCAAGUGAUGUUGGAAGUGAAUUUGAAAUGGAAUAUACCAAAACUGAAAUUGAGGAAGAAGAGGAAAGAUCACCUCAGCAUACACCAGUUGAAAUGGUCCAUGAAAUAAUUCCUGUGAUGAAUGUUAAGAGAGAGAGUAUAGGAGAUGCCUUAGACUCACAUGAAAUUGAAAGGGAUCAUGAGCAAUAUUGGUUAGAGGAAAAAACAAUUUCUGAAAGUACAGUAUCAAAAUCCAUCACAGCUCACAGUGAAGAGGGACAAGAACAAAAGACUGAGAGUGAAAUUGAAACAGAUUAUUCACCUGUAGAAUCCCUAAGUCAUGAAGGUUUCUCUGCCGUAGAAACCAAAGAGGAUUUAGAUGAACUGUUCAGUAGAGGUGCAACUACUACUUCUGGCCAAGGAUCUGGGACUUCAGGUGGGAGUGAUUUAGAGGAGGAAGGGGAAUUGAUGCCUGCUUAUGCAAAGCAAGUAUCCAUUGGUCCUGUUGAGCAUAUUUCAAUGUCAGAACAUCUUCAGUUAAGCGAAGACCAAUCAUCAGAAUUAGCUCCUCCUCUCACUUCUAGUGAGGAUAAUUCCAGUGAGGAUCCAUCUGUAGAGGUGGGAAGAAAAUUUUCUGAUGUUAAAGUUGAUGAACUUGACUUGCAAGGAAUUGGGUCAGACUUUCCUGUUGUUUCGGAAACUGUCACCACAUAUGAUAUGUCAGAUGAAGAAAAAGAGGAUGACGAAAUUGAAACUGAUCAUAAAGAACAUGUCAUAGACUACAAUGAAGAUGAUAAGCAAGUAGAAGAUGCAGAUGACCGCUCUGCCCCUGCUUCCAAAGGUGGCUACAUCCCUAGUUAUGAGCUUCGCCUCUCUCUGCCAAGCCUAAUUCCUACAUCCUCAAUGGAAGUUCAGGAUCGUUCAAGCAGUUCUGCAUCAGCAGUCGAGUCUCCAAGUGAACAUAGUCAGGAGGAGGAACGCCCGCUCUCACCAAGUGAUUACUUUCUUGAACCAGAAUCUCAUGGAGAAACACAAGUUAAAGAGGAUCACGUUGCAAGACUAAGUAGUGACAUUUCACAACAAAUAUUCAUUGAACAAUCCAUCGAGGUCAGUUCUUCACAGCAAAGGAGAUCUCUAUUUCUUGAGAAAGACAAAAGUUAUGAAGCUGACACAGAGGCAGAAAAAGUAUCUCCAGCCCAAGAGGACAAGUUCUGGAUAGAACAAUAUGAGCCUACAGCUAAGGAACCAUUUCCAGCUUUUCCACGGUUGCCAUUAGACUCUGAGGCUCCACCCUCACCAUCACAUUUUACUCUUGUAGUUGAACCCAAGGACCAAGAACCAUUGGAAUUGGAUGGUGAAAAAUCUGAGGUUGAGCUUUCUGAAAAACUAACAUCUGAUCUUACAGAAAUUGAUGGCUUUUUACUAACAGAUGGAGAGCAUGUGGUUGAUGCUUAUGCACAGGUUGAGGCAUGUGGUGAACAGCAAGAUUUACUCCGCUUCGAGCCUGGUGCUGUGGACAAACCUGCCCUUAAAGAAGAAGAUUCCAUAUUUGCAGCCCACGAGAAGAGCACAGGGGAUGAUACUAUGGUGAUGGAGGAAGACCCUUUCUCUAAACAAACUUACUCCCUUAAUCUUGCCACUUCUCCCAAUGUCAUGAGAUCUCCCCCUGAAUCCGUAUCUCCAGUAGAUGAGACUGUUAUUUCCAGUCCCGAUAAAACCCCUGACCAAGUGAGAAAUGUUCAGAUCGGUGUCUCUCCAAGUGUUAGUCAUGAAGCCAUGUUUCAUGAGCCUCCACCUGUAUUGGCAGGCCGUGUGGUAUCAGGAGAAUUUGAGGAUAAGAUCCAAGAAGAUGAAGGUAUCUCUGAAUUUGUUAACAAAGAUGAGAAGGAUACCCAUGUGGAGGUGGAACAGGAUACAACAGAGGAAGAGCCACAUGCAUCUCACCGAGAGUUUUUGUCUUUUGAUAACAUGGCAUUUGAGGGCAUGGAUGAUGGUGAUGAAGGCAAUAUACCCUACCCAGCUGAUAUCAGCCGUAUUGAAGAGGAACCUGAAAGUCAUAUUCAGGAUGUACCUCAAACAGAUACUCCAAUGACACAGUCUUACUCUGGAUCUGACAUGACAACCUCAUACACUGGGUCUGUCACAGAGAAAUCUGAAAUUGAACCAACAUAUGAAGAGGAUUCGGUACACAAAAUGGCCUCUUAUGAAUCUCGCGAGGAGAGGACACCUGUUGCUGAGGAUCAACCAUCAUUUCCAGAUGGAGUUGCCAGGCAAGUAAGUGAACCCCAUGAUGAGCUUACAGAUACAUAUGAAGCUAGCGUGAUUGAAAGUAUUUUAUCGAAGCACAGGGAUGGAAGACCUGAAGUGAUUCCAGAAGAAAAAUACAUCAUAGACAUGAGUGCAGAAGUUGCUGAAACAGCCUUACAGGAUAAAUCUGAUACUGAAGUAAAAAGAGUGUCUUGGGCAUCCACGGAAACAUCUUCAGAUACUGUGACACCAUAUGAUACGGCACCAACAUCAAUGGAGACCUCACAAGAGUAUCAGAGCCCAGAUAUGUGGAGCUCUGGACAGUCUGUUGAAGAUUCGACACCUACACAAGAGCACAAACACUUCCAACAACACCAGGAUGAACCAAACAAUAUUCCAACAGUUAUUGAAACUGACCCAUAUAAUGUACUUUUGAUACGUCAGUCAUCAGAAGAGGCUGACAUGACCCGCUCCUGCUCCAUUGAUAGUGAGGAACUGGAGACCACAUACACUAGCACACAGGAGAUGCAGGAAGAGAUGCAAACAGAGAUCACAAGUACAAGUCCUAUGCCAAUGUUCCAUGAACCUCCAGUAGCUGGAGAAUUCAGUGAGGAAGAGGAUGAUAACCACCGGCGAACUAAAAGUUCUGGAUCGGAGAAACCGAAGGAAUCGGCCUCAAGCGAAGACUUUGUAAAGUCAUCUGUUUCUUCAGAUGCAUCUGCAGAGCCAGUCUUACUGGCUGCUACUUAUGAUCUUGAUUCUGGUCAUGUUUCACGUGUUGUCACAACAUAUGACCUUUCGCCUGAUACUGUUGACAAGCAGAUGCCCAUGGAUACUGGAGUUAAGGUGAUUUUAUCCAGUCCAGAAGAUGAGGUUUUUGAGACUGAUACACAGGAAGAAAAAUCACAGGACACCCAUGAAGAAAUGACCAAAGAAACAAUAGAAACUGUGAGUGCAGAACUUGUAACUUCACAAGUCAGUACUGAUCAAUCAGAUACAACAGAAUCUUUCCCACCCUCCCCUUUCCAAAGCCCUUUAUCUGAACCAGAUGAAAAAGAUGCUGAAGAGGACUUAGGGAGUCCUUUUGAAGUCCUCUCUCCAUCUGAAUUUGAAGAUUAUGAUAGUUUUGUGGCAUCUGGGCAUGCUUUCGAGAUUGAUGCAGCUGUAGAAGCAGCAGCCUUGGCAGCUCAGGCUGCUCGCUACAAACAUGAUCAUACUACUCACCCAGAACCUUCUGCUCCACCACCAGAGGAAAUUAGUUUCCAAGAUGAGACAGUACCAGCUGAGGAUGAAACACCCUCAUUUGAAGAACCAGCCUCUGCCAGUAGCAGUGACCAUGAUCUCAGUCCAUUGAAAGAAAUGGGAUAUAUAGCUCCAGCAGUUCCAGAAGAAGAACCAGGAGAAAUCAGUGAUGUUGCAGAAGAUGAGCUCAAAUUAGAAACAGAAAAAGAUGAAGAGAAGGACGAACUGGAAGAUGAAGCAGACCAAUUAAUGAAUGGACCAACAGAAGUAGAAUAUGUGGCAAAUAUUGAUGACUUUGUAAUGGCAUCUCCAGUGACUGAGGAGCAACAACAAUCUGACUUGGAGAGCCCUACCAAAUGUGAAACAGAAGUUGAAGUGACAGAAAGAGAGGAGCAACCAGAGACUGAGGAUAUUCAAGACACAUCAGUGUCACAAGUCAUUGGGCAGGAAACUCAAGUGACAUCCACACCUGAAAUGACAACUGAAAGUUUAAGAGAGGAUUUGCAGCCUCCUAUUCCAGAUCACAUGGUGACAUCUGAUCAGUCCACCCUGUAUGACUUUGAAAUGCCGGCAUCUGAGGAGGCCUCAGUACCUCCCUCCAUGAGUACUUCGUUUGAGCCAUCCAGUGGCUUGUUUGAAGAUUUAGAGCAGUCUGAUAUUGGAUUUGGGAAAUAUGAAGACCUGAGCUAUGAUGGAAAGGAUUAUUUGGUCAGUGAAAUUUCCUGGGAUCAAAGCCAUCAGGAGCCAGCAGCAAAACAGGAUGAAGAAACAUUUCAGUAUGAUCCCACUGAAUCACAUGAAGAGGAAGAAGCAGUCAUGGUUGAGGCAGUAACACCUGAACAACCUGCUGUUGCAGGGCUGUCUUGGAUGGAAGAGAUGACAAGGACAGAGCACAAAGAAUCUCACCAAACUCAUGAGUCUCAUAUUACAGAGGAAACAGAUUCUGGUGUUUAUAGGCAACACAUGUGGAUGGAGGAGACACAGGAAAGUCAUACUCUAAGACAGAUGGUAGAAAGUGCUAUGUAUGAAGAGACAGGGACCCCAGAUGAUAUAUCUCCUGAUGAUAAAAUUGAAGCAGAACCAGAGAGUUCAGAUAAACUUGAACCAGAACUGCAGGAUCUACAAGAAAGCCGCCCAGAAUCAGAAACAAAGGACUACCCAGAUGUAGAAACAGUAGAUGACCAAACAGAUGCUGACAUACAUUACUCACAUUUUGAAAAAAAUGUAGAUGAAGAGGAUUUGGAUAGACCAAUGUCACCAGAACCUGACAGCACCUUAUUUGAACAACCAACUGUAACAGCACCAGAGCCUGAGGAAGAGGAGGAAUUUGAUCAGGAGGAUGGGAGACACAGUUCAGCUUUAGCAGAAGCUCAUAUGCUGCACCAUGAUAUGGCUUAUGAAGAUAGAGAACAAAGCCAAGAACCUGAAGAAGAUAGGGACUUUGAUGAACACCUUUUGGAGAGAACAGCUGCGCAGUUUGUUGGCAAUGUUCUACAGGAGGCACAAGAUAUGGUUCAGCAUGAAUACCAAGAGCCAUCGGAUGAAGAAAUGGAUGAAGAGGAACAGGAAGAGAACAGACGGGAAGAAAAUCAGGCAGAAUCACCACAAGAGGCAAAUAACUUUGUUCAGUUUGAAGUACACAGAGAGUAUGACCCCGAGAGCAGCGAUGAAUCUGAAGGGCACAGGGAAGGUGUAUAUGGUCUUCAAAAGAUCCAAGAAGAACCAUAUGAGGAAGCUGCUCCUGAAGGCACUGCAGUUAAACCAGUGGCAGUCGUCAUGCCCAUGACUGAACACGGUGAGGACAUUCCUGAGAUUAAAGUUACACAGCACUCCAGUGACGGGGAUGAACAGAUUGUGGAGACAGAAAUUGAAGGAUACUCUUCCCCAGAAGAUGAGCAUCUUAGGGAUGUCGAACCAGAACAAGAUGUAUUUGAAGGUGCAGGAGAAGAGCCAAAGGAAGAGGAAAAGGACACUGAGCAGAUUGAAAGUUACAUGGAAGUCUCUGAUCAUAAACCAUUGGCAAUGGACUAUGAAAUGAAGGAGAGAGAUGAAAUUGAGGAAGAUGAAGAUCAAGAAAUGGGAGUUGAUGAAUCUCGAACUACUGACUCACCAGAAGAAGAGAGUCUCCGUGAUAUGGUGAAUUUUGUGAUAACCCAGGAAUCCAGUAUAGAUGAAGAACCAAAAGUAUCAGAGGAUGAAUUAGAACAAAAAGAAGCUAAGCCUAUUAUGGCAGUGGAGCCUAGUCAAGAAGAAAAACAAUCAGUAUUAGAACCACAAGAAUUAGAAUCGCUAGAACAGCAGCAUACUAAACAUGACACAAAAGAUGAAAAAUCUGAUGAAUCGGCUUCAGAAACAGCUGCUGCAGUUGGUACCAUGUCUGGGGCAGGAGCAGCUUGGUUAGAAUCCAUGCUAACUACUUACGAUGCAGAAACCAUAGAAUCAAAAGAUGGUCAGGUAGGUGAGCAAUCUGCAGAGGAACCCCCAGAAUUAAAGAGCCCAGAUGAUGCUGGAGAUACUUCAAGUGUUGACAGUUUUGCAACUGUGGUCCCAACACAACAAGAAGAAGAAGACUACCAAGAGAAAAGGAUGGCAGAAGUAUCUUCCAUGUCUUCUUCAAUGCAUUCAGAUAUUACCAGCAGUCAGGGACCUGCAGUUCCUACCUUUGCCAUAGAUGUCACUAGGGACCAAGAGGUGCCUAUGUCACCAGAUGAGGAUAUAUUUCACAUGUCACCUGAUGAAGAAGUUAUUCAUAAACCAACACCAGAGCUGAAGAAGACAUCCUCAGAAGAAAGACAGAGUUCAGAAACUAGUUCUUCACCCGGCCAUGCCGACAGUGGAAAGUUCUUCAGCAAAACUGGUGAACAUGAUACUGGAUCUGUUGCAUCAUCCCUUAAUGAAUUUGAAACACUGGAACAGAUUUUCCAUGCUGAAAAGACUGGGGGAAGAUCCAGUAUAGAUUCUAGUCAUGGCUCUCCAAAGUUCACCCCAAGAAGCACAGAAAGUGAUGCCAUAUCUAUCACCUCUUCUUUGUCUGAGUUUGAGAGGCUGGAGAGGGAAAUAACACUUCAUGGUUCAAAUGAUAAGAUCAAGGGGAGUGCAGAAUCUUCUGGAUCUGUGUCUUCCCUAAAUGAGUUUGAGGCUCUUGAGAAAGAAUUGAUGCAAGACAGUGAAAAAACCAAAAUUGUGAAGCCAUUAGAAGGAGGCAGUAAAUAUUCAUCCUCCUCAUCCUUACAUGAGUUUGAAGCACUGGAAGAUGAGGCAAGAAUUGAUCAUGAAUUGGAAGCAGAAGCACAAAAGAUUGUUUCAAUUCUAGAAUCUGGUGAAUUAAUGUCAGAACAGUCGAGAUUAGAGCAGGAACAAAUGAACAUUUAUACGAUGGGUCCAAAGCCAGAACAGAAGCCCACCACCGACAAGCCACUCUCACCUGAAAAACCAAGUCCAGCUAGUGAUGAUGAUGGUGCACGCACUAUUGAAAAAAUCAUUCAGGAGGCAUCUAUGAAUGUUGAAUUUUUCAGUCAGUUAGAAAGUUCUGCUGAAGUGGACCGCGACUCUCUUGAUGGAAGGGAUGAUUCCUUGCAUGAGGACCAGACGGUUCCGCCAGAUUCCAUAAUGUUGAUGUCCACAGAAUCCAUUGAAUCAGUUCAGAGGGCACCACAGAUAGAAAGAUAUGAAACCGAUUCCUUAACAAGCCAGGAAAAUAUCAUGGAGCGCUCAGUUGACUCCCUUUCUAGUCAAAAUUUAAUGGAGCAGUCAUUUGACUCCAUAAGAGAUAUGAUGCAGAAAUCUUCCGAGUCGGGGGACUUGAUGCAGAGGUCAGCUGAUUCAUUGGGAACUGGCCCUGAAAAUGUGAUGGAAAGGUCCUCCGACUCCCUGGAACCUGAAGAUCAGCAGGAUGCCAGUAAGGUGGAAGCAUUUGACACAGAUUCCUUACAGGGGCAAGAACCCCCUCCUGACCUUCCCAGCCCACAGACUCCAGAAGAUGAACCUAUGGGUUCCCCAUCACCUGAUGAUGAAAGAUUCCAGACCCAAAAAUAUCAAUAUAGAAGUCACAAAACACAAAGUUAUGGCUACCAUGCUUCAGUCACCCAUUCAGCGUAUAAUGUUAGAGACCCUUAUAUUGAUUAUGAAGGAAAUUACGGUCAAGAUUCACUGUACAGAGAAGACUAUGACAGUCAAGGCAAUUACUAUGCCAGUGCAUUUGAGCCUGACCCUUUAAAACCAUUACCAGCAGAGCCAUACAAGGACAAAAAGAAAGUUUUUACUAUGGCCGAACUGGAGGAGAUGAGAAAAGACAAACAAGAGAAAAGACAAAAAGAGGCACAAGAACCCUCUCCUGAAGAUCCUGAUGAAAUAGUAAGCACAGCCACCACUUCACAGACCACCUCCCCGACUAAUGACCCCCUGUCCACUCCCGCAGAGUCCCCCUCCUCCCCUCAGGACCGCCACGUAGCCACGAGGUCUGUCAGCAUGUCAGCAGCCAGCCUAACACACAGCAGUAUGAGCAGCAGCAGAGAAACAUACUCAACUGAGGUCCCAGAGGGAGCCACAUAUCAAGCCUCAGGUGGCGCAAGGGUGUCUUUUGAUCAGUAUCAUUAUCCCUCGUUUGACGAGGAUGACAUGCGGGAGAUAGACCCUACUGAGCAUAUGGAGGCCUUGGGACAAGGCAUUCCUGAAUACUAUGGCUACAGCAGUACAAUGCGGGGACAGGAGACGAGAGAAGAAGAAGAUUAUGGUUAUCAAUAUGAAGACCAAGUGGUACCUGAGGCAGGAGCCGAGGGUGGAGAUGAUGAUGAAGAACAAGAAGCCAGAGUCCACAUGAAAAAGCAGGUGCAUUCCAAGACAGUACAACAGUCAGAUGGACAACAACAAACCACAGUGACAGAGACAACAGAGGUCACCCAGGAUGACAGCUUAGAAGAUGCGCCUGAUGAGCUUCGACAGGAAAUGCAGCGCGUCCUGGACGACUUCAUGGAGGGAAAACCAGGCAGUGAACAAGGCGGAACUUCGGUGUAACCCAGCAGACAACCUGUAUAUGUAAUAUUCUCUCUGUGCCAUUGUGGAUUUAUAAAAUACAACAUAGACAGGCAAAUACUUAUGUCAAAUAAAAUUAGAUUGUUCUUCGAGAUUUAAUAUUAAUCUGAUGUCAGCUUAUUGAAGGAUAUUUUUGUCUAAAGCAGUUUUGGAAGAUACUGAGGUGGAUGUUUUGUAUUGGAUCACUGUUUAAUUACCAAUUAAUGGAUUUUAAUAUUUAAUAAUUGUACUUUGAUUUGAUCAACACAGAUAAGAAUUUGUUGUCUGAAAAAAUAAAACGAGUCUUGAUACAAGUAGUAGAAGCGUGGGUCAAUUGUAAAAUUUGAUGUGACCCUUUUUAGUUGUAAUAUUUAUUCAGGGAGAUUCCUGUCAGUAACAUCAAUUGCCCCACAACAAGGAAUCUUUCUUUUUAAACACUGCCUCUAAAAGGGUGUCACCCAGGGACAUUUGAUGUCAUGUAGAUUUGGUGCUGACAUAUUAUCACGAGAUGAGUAGGGAGUCUGUGUGUAGAGCUUAAACUGAAAAGUGUGACGUUUGAGGUUUCACCAAAUGAUAAUGACCUUUUUGACUUUAAAACUUUGACUAUUUUGAGAAGUCACAGUUUUAGAUUUUGAAACUUAGUGUGCAACAUGGUAUCUUUUUUGUAUGGCUUUGUGGUAAGAUCACUUUUAUAUCUCCAGGAUUUUUUUUUAGUAUAAAAGAAGAAAGAAGGGCUGGAUUAAGAAUGGUAACUCUGAACUUUUGGAGGAGACGGAUAAGCCACAAGUUAAAUCAAGUGUGGUCUCUACUGUUUUCAUUAACUAUGUUCCAAUGCUAUGCCAUGUGUAAAAGCGGCAAGUCAAAUGUAGCAUUUGUUAAUGUGGAGUAUAGAUGGCUACUAAUGUUUAAAUAUAAAUGGUUUGUGUUAUUUUUUUCUUUACAUCUAAAAUUCUAGCUUGCCAGAAAAUAAUUUGUGUGCCUUUGAAUUUUUGUUUGUGUUUACAAUAACAGUAACCUGCUUUAUAAAUGUAGUGGACUUGUGACUUCCAUGGAGGUGUUAUGAGGAUGGAUUUCAGUAUGAGAACAACACACUGUGUGUUGG